AUGCGCGCUCUAAUACCAUUGUUAGAGCUCGCUAUGCCAUUGCCAGAGCUCUUCACGGUCCCACAAGCUGACGUGAAUGAAGGCCCCAUCGUGCGCAUCACCCCGUUUGAAGUUCACAUCUCUGAUCCAAGCUACUUUAAUGAGCUGUACAAUAUGAAGCUUAAACUUCACAAGGAUCCCUGGUAUUACUCGUGGUUUGAUCGCAAUGGGUCCAUCUUUGCGACUGUGAAUCCGGACCUGCACAAGCUGCGCAGUGCGCCCAUUAAGAAGGGACUGUCACCCGCGAGUAUCGCACGGAUCGAGCAUGUGUUGAAAGAGCAUUUCAGCCGCCUUAUGCGCAAGAUUGAGGAGCACAGGAAUGAGGGAAAGCCCAUCAAUAUGACGGAUGCAUACCGGGCGCUCGCAAUAGAUAUUGUGACGGACAUCUCUUGUCCGACAAGCAUGGCGCUGCUGGAUACUCCUGACCUAGGCCACGCCUUCCACGAGUACGUCCGGGACUACACCAUGUUCGCCAUCUGGAACCGGCAAUUUCCCAUCAUCGCACCUCUCCUCAACUCUCUGCCGCGAUGGCUCGUCGCGCUGCAGGGCCCCACAGCCCUGGGCAUAGUCGAUUCGUUGGAGGCGCAACGACAACAAGCGCGGGACGUCAUCAAAAACGACGGAAAGCCCAUCAGCAACAAAACCUUCCCCGUCAUCAUGAACGAAGUGUACAAAAGCACCGAGCUGCCACCAAGCGAGAAAUCACCCCAGCGCCUCUUCGAAGAAAUCACCAUCCUCAUCGGCGCAGGCGGCGAGACAACAAGCCACAGCCUCCUCACAAUAACAUACUACGUCCUCGCCAACCCUCCCAUCCUAUCCCGUCUCCAGGCCGAGCUCAGAGAAGCCUUCACCGCGGAACAAAGGCGCGAGGUGCUAAGCUACAAAGAGCUCGAAAAUCUACCCUACCUCACCGCCGUCAUAACAGAAGGGCUCCGCAUCGCAACACCCGUAUCAGGCCGCUUCCCCCGCAUAAACAAGCAAGCGCCUAUGCAGUACACGUCCCACCCUUCGCCUUCCGCUCCGAACGGAAACACGUACAUACUCCCUCCCAACACCGCAAUCUCAAUGUCCAUCCGCGAAAUGCACUACAACGCCGCGUGCUUCCCCUCCCCACACACAUUCGAUCCCGAGCGCUUCCUCGGAUCCGCCAAGAUCGAUAACAUGAAAUGGUUCGCGGCGUUUGGGCGCGGGCAGAGGAGCUGUGUGGGGCAGAAUCUAGCGUGGGCGGAGAUGUACAUGGCGAUUGGGAAUUUGUUUGCUCGGUGGGAUGUGCGGUUGAGUGCGGGGGUGGGGAUGGAGGAUGUGCGGAUGGAAUAUGAGUGUUUUACGCCGUUUGUGAAGGCGGGGAGGGAGGGGUGUUGUUGGAUGUUGGGCUGUAGAGGGGGAGAGGGUGAGGAGCGAGGGAUAUGUGCAAGCGGCGGCAUCGGGUGGCGUAGUGGUACUUUGGGGAAAACUCUGGGAUAUACGUGA